AUGCCUCCGCAGAGGCCGCUGAGGCUCGAGGAAGGCGCUGCCAACUCCGAGCUGCCUUCGAGGCGGGUCUGGAACGUGGUGGAGCUCAGAAUCAAUAUAAUGCGCUGCCUCGCACCGCCGGAUCUGGCGGCCAUGAUGCGGGUGGAGAGAUAUGGGAUGGGACUGGUUGCGCAGGAGCUGUAUGGUGUCAUCUCGCACGAGCUUGCGAGCAAGACGUGGUUUAAAGGGACAUUCCUGAUUGGACUGUCAGUUCCUGAUGGUCAGGAACGCGCAGAGAUGUACCGCGCUGCUGUGCGAGAGAUACACAGUGUAUAUCCUCUCUAUCCGGACGAGGCGCUCUAUAUGCGCAAGCGGCACCCAAAUCUGCGCACGAUUCGUCGCAUGUUCCAGCGUGCCCUUCGGUCUUCUUGGACUAUACACCAUUUCGACUCUGGCAGGACGGACGAAGCACACGGCGCCCAGCUCCAGCCGCAAUAUCCCGAAGAUUGCGGAGCUCAGCAUGCGACUCUCCAUCGCAUAGCUCAUUUCCCCCUAGGCUCGAUGCCGCCUUCCCAACCUCUCGGCUCGAUUGUGACCUACGCGGACGGUCGAACGGCGGCAAGAUUCUUCACUCUUAUUCUUGCCGAAACAGGAGCAUCGCAGUCUGCUUCGUGGCUGACCGCAAUUCGGUCCAAUGCCAUCGGGGACACUUAUCGGACAGUGAGACUCGGAUGUCUGCCAAUCACACUCGGCGACCUCACAAACAUCUACGUGCGCCAGGCGGGACGGCCCGCUUCCUCGUCGGCUAUUUCCAGCGCUUCGCUGAGGUCGCUUCCAGCGGGGCGGGAUCGGUACGUGGAGGGAGCCGUCGGCAUGUCUUUCGAAGACUUCAUCGCCCUGAUACCAUGUAUCCGGUUGGACCUGCCAAAUCUCGAAGAAUUCCACAUCGCAUUGAAGGGGAUCGAGACCGCGGAGGCGUUCUGCGGAACCCUGACCAGCCAUGGUCACCUCUCCGCGAGGGGAAAGGUGACAUCGUUGCGCAUCAUCACGGCCGAUCAUGACCCUCCACUCUUCAACGUUAUUCGCUCGGUCACGCCCCUGCUAGCCGGGAAAACGCGCCGAUGCUGGCUAUCGGAACCGAACGGCGUUUGUGGGGAUCGGCAGCGCAAGGCGAACAGUCAAUCAGAGAUGCGCCGAAAAUACCUCGAGGAGGCCGAUUUCGCUUCACUUGGCGUCGUCGAGCCGGAAGAUCUCAUGUCGCUCGCUUACGAUAAUGCUGGGCGGCCUAUACCAUUGAGGAAAGGAGGGAGUAGGACGGCGAGGCAGCGCAAGCAGACGCAGAGGGUGGGGGAGUGA